GCUUGCUGCCGACCAGAGCGAGAGAGCGCAAACCUGAGAGAGAGGACAAGCAGAGACAGAGAGGACAAGCAGAGACAGAGAGAACAAGCAGAGACAGAGAGGACAAGGUAGGCAUUAGAGAGCAAGGCAGAGAUUCUUCAACAUGAGCACGGUUCUGGUUUCUGGAGCGGGAGGCUACGUCGGCUGCAACCUGGUCGCAAUGCUGGCAGCGGAAGGCUACAAGGUGAGGGGCACUGUUCGCAGCACCAAGGACGAGCAAAAGAUUGCCCCACUGCGCAAAGUCUGUCCAGACAUCCAGCUGUUCGAAGCCGACCUCCUGUCUGACAGUGGGUGGAAGGAAGCCAUCGACGGUUGCGAGUUUGUGCACCAUGUAGCUUCUCCCUUCCCUCUCGGACCUCCGAAGCACGAGGACGAUCUGAUCAAGCCGGCGGUAGAGGGAACGACCCGAGUGCUGAAGAUUGCACUCGAGUGCGAGUCAGUCAAGAAAGUUAUCUUGACCUCGAGCUUCGUCGCGGUUGGCUCGGGCCACCCAGACGCCCCUGCGGACAAGGUCUUUAACGAAGACGAUUGGUCCAACGUCGACAAGUGCGAUGCCUAUCCGAAGAGCAAAACCUUGGCAGAGAAGGCUGCAUGGGAAUGUAUCGACAAGCAGCCAGCCGGCAGAGGAUUGGAGCUCACGACGAUCAACCCAGUGCUCGUCCUCGGACCGAUGAAGAGCAAAGCUCCCUGCACGUCUGCUGAGAUCAUUUCUCGGCUGAUGAUGCGACAGCUGCCAGCAUGUCCAAAGCUGUCUUUCCCGAUCGUGGAUGUUCGUGAUGUGUGUAAGGCACAUAUCAAGGCGAUGAAGGAUCCCUCUACAUCCGGAAAGAGGUUCAUUGUCUUCAACCAGAACUUGUGGAUGGUUGACGUCGCCAAGAUUCUUGCAGAAAAGUACAACACGCAGGGAUAUCGCGUUCCGACUGGACAUCUUCCGUACUUCUUGCUCUAUCUUGUGU